CAUCCCUGUCACAAUAACACAGCUUUUGGUCCAAUGGCUAUCCGAAUUAGGCCUAUAUGCAUCCGGCGAGAUUCCUACUCGAAUUCAAACCCGCGUUCCUACUGUGGACAUCCCGAGCGUCUGGCCGUGUAGCAUCCAAGCCUCGUCUCCGUGUACAACCUUGGCGCCAUGUCUCUGAGUGCAGCCUACACCUUCCUUCGCCAGGCCUGGCCCCCCGCCCCAAGCUGGAGUACGGAUCAGAUUCCCGACAUGUCUGGCAAAGUCGUCCUCAUCACCGGUGCGAAUGCUGGUCUCGGUAAGGAGACCGCUCGGGUUCUGCUGGAGAAGAACGCGAAGGUGUACGUAGCAGCGCGAAACGCAGACAAGGCCCAGCAGGCUCUGCAAGAGCUCAAAGAACAGACCGGACGCGAGGCGCACCUCCUCAUGCUGGAUCUGGCGAAUUUGGGGAUGAUAAAGGUUGCUGCUGAAGAGUUCAUGAGCAAGGAAACAGAGUUGCACGUACUAUUCAACAACGCAGGACUCAUGGCCCCGCCAAUCGACAUGGUGACCGAUGACGGGUACGAUAUGCAGUGGGGUGUUCAUGUACUCGGUCACUUCUACUUCACCCAGCUCCUAUUGCCCAUUCUGAGCUCGACCGCGAAAGAUAAGCCGAAGGGCACCGUGCGCGUCGUGAACUCGUCCUCGGUUGCGCACCUUUUUGGCAAGUUCAACUUUGAUACAUUCAAAGAUGGUCCCGUUCGACGCAAGAUCCGUCCUGAAGAGCUAUACGCCCAGAGCAAGAUGGGAAACGUCGUCUACGCAGCGGAGUUCAGCAGGAGGUAUCGGGAGACGGGCAUUGUCACCACGGCUAUCCACCCGGGGAUUAUCAAGUCUGAAAUAAAUCGGCACACGCCUGCACUCGUCACGCGAAUCCAGGACGCCCUUAUCACGAAAGAUGUCAAACUCGGUGCGUUCACGCAGUUAUACGCGGGGGCAGCACCUGAGACUGCAGACCUCGACGGGCAGUAUCUGAUUCCUUUUGCGCGGGUGGGAAAGCCUGCGCCGUACUCGCAGGAUCCCGAGCUGGGGCAGAAACUGUGGAGCUGGCUCGAGGACCAGGUGAAGGACAUAUGACCUAGUAGAUUUUCUGAUAAUCUGUUUGUUCUACUAUGAUAAGCGUUAUGCGUCUGGGUACGGUUCUAACUGGAUGUUGUGGGUUUUGGCUUGGUGUAUCAGACAUGUCAAGACUUCAGACGGCAAGAGCCAGGAGCAAAAAUUCCCCCAAACUUUAGAUGUACG